UCCCGCGAUAAGACGAUAACGCUACUGAACACAUGACGUCCGUUAGCUAAUGAUUCGAUAACACCCGUCGACCAUGGCCUGGUAGUGGCUGACGGCUGUUAUAGUUGUUACUCUUUGCCCCUUUCCCACCGAUUGGUCGUGUCUACACGUGUUGAGCGCGACCGGCAGGCGAUGAAGUCUCGUUUCCUUUCACCUUUUAUUAUUAGUAUUUAGUUUGCUUUUGCGACUGGACGAGCGUUCAAAGAUCAUGACAUUAUACAAUUUAGAAUAGAUGCUUAUCGUCGGAAACGUACUCAAUGGUUACUGUUUGACGGCGUUCGUGUGUGCAGCGUACUACCCUCAGUUCUUACAACACAGACAGUAAUUUCUUUUCUGAGCAGCAAGCAUUCGCAGUAUUGUUUCAUCUAUUCUGUGCGACUGUUCUGCAUCUACAAAAAUGGCUAAGACAUUAUCUUGUAAAAUAGGUCCAUCUAUUUUAAAUGCUGAUUUAUCACAGUUAUAUAAUGAAUCUCAAAAGUUGAUAGACAGUGGAGCCGAUUACUUGCACUUGGAUGUUAUGGAUGGUACUUUUGUACCUAAUCUGACUUUUGGACAUCCAGUCGUGAAAUGUCUAAGAACUAAGUUGCCCAACACUGUGUUUGAAACACAUAUGAUGGUUCAAAAUCCAAUUCAAUGGAUUUCUGCUAUGGCUGAUGCUAAUGUAGAUCAGUACACAUUUCACAUUGAGCCAUGUGAUGACGUUCCUUUAGUAUGCCGUAAAAUCAAAGAAGCGGGCAUGAAAGUAGGCUUAGCAAUAAAACCUGGCACUCCUGUUACAUCUGUUGAAGAAUAUAUAGAUCUAGCUGAUAUGAUUUUGGUGAUGACGGUUGAACCUGGAUUUGGUGGUCAGAAAUUUAUGAUUGACAUGAUGCCAAAAAUAGAAAUGUUAAGAGAGAAAUAUCCCACAAUGGACAUUGAAGUUGAUGGAGGUAUAGGUCCAAAUAACAUUGAUGUUUGUGCUAAGGCAGGAGCAAACAUGAUUGUAUCUGGAACCGCAGUGAUCUUAGAUAAAAAUCCACCUAAAGUUAUUAAACUUCUCAAAGAUGCUGUUAACAAGCAUUUAAAUAAAAAAUUAAAUUGUUAAUUUUAUUUUAUUUUAUGAAGUUUAUUGUUGUUAAUAAAGACAUAACAUUAAUUAAAAGUUUUA